CCGGCGGCACACGUCAGCCGCCAGCCGCAGCCUCUCUCUGGGCCCCUCCGUGCUGCAUCAUCCCGCCUCCCGCCCGCUCAGCGCCCCUGCCCGGCCAGCCUGCGUCCGGGACCCGCCGAGCCGCCGCCGCCCGGCCCCGCUCCGCCGCGCCUCUCCUCCGGGGCCGCUUGGCGGGGGGGUGAAUAAACCAGCUGGGCGCGCCACCCCCCCCCCUUCCUUCCCCUCCCUUCCCGUCCCUUCCUCUCUCCGCCUGGUGCCGCCACCGCCGAGGAGGAGGAAGAUGGCGAAAGCGGAGCAGGUCCUCAGCCUCGAACCGCAGCACGAGCUCAAAUUCAAAGGUCCUUUCACAGAUGUUGUCACUACAAACCUGAAACUCGGCAAUCCUACAGACAGAAAUGUGUGCUUCAAAGUUAAGACCACAGCACCACGUAGAUACUGUGUAAGGCCUAACAGUGGAAUUAUCGAUGCAGGAACAUCAAUUAAUGUUUCUGUGAUGCUACAGCCUUUUGACUAUGACCCUAAUGAGAAAAGUAAACACAAGUUUAUGGUUCAGUCUAUGUUUGCUCCAGCUGAUACUUCAGAUAUGGAAGCAGUAUGGAAAGAAGCAAAACCAGAAGAACUCAUGGAUUCGAAACUUAGGUGUGUGUUUGAGCUACCAGCGGAAAAUGAUAAGCCUCAUGACAUAGAAAUAAAUAAAAUUGUAUCCACAACUGCAACAAAGACAGAUUCCUCUGUAAUGUCUAAAUCAAUAAGUUCUUCUUUGGAUGACACUGAAGUUAAGAAAGUAAUGGAAGACUAUAAGAGGCUUCAAGUAGAAGUUCAGAGGUUACGGGAGGAGAAUAAACAGUUUAAGGAAGAAGAUGGACUGCGGAUGAGAAAGGCACCCCAGACAAACAACCCAAUAUCUGCUUCUGCAGCUGCUGUCAAGGACGAAGGGCUCAGCUCCAGACUACUUGCUUUGGUGGUUUUGUUCUUUGUCUUUGGUGUAAUUAUAGGAAAAAUAGCCUUGUAGAGGCAGCAUGCUGGAAAUUGUAAAUUGGUUUGAUGGUUCUGCCAUAUCAUUGGAUUAAAUUUAUUCAUAACAAUGUUUAAAAGAAAAAAAUUAAUGUAUGACAUCUCACAGGUCUUGCCUUUAAAUUACCCCUGCACAAAUACUAUGUAACAUAAUCUAGAAAGUUUAAAAUGUACAAUGAGUGAAUGAAUGAAAGAGAAUAUGCUUCAGUGAUGAAGGGGGGAGAAAAUAAUGAUUUAACACUACAAUGGAAUAUUGUAUAUGUCAUUGUAAACAUUCUUAGACCCUGGUACAUGUUGCUGGAUUACCUCUUUUUAAAAAAAAAAAAAGGAAAAAAAAGGAAAAAUAGAAAAAACUAUUCCUCCACUGCUGGAGCUGGCCCGAUUGGAUGUUUGGAGCUGGGUUAGGCAGGAGGUGUUGAUAACUUCUGUAAAAUAUGUUAAUCCACCAUUCUGCUCAUAAAUUUAACAGUUUCUGUUAGUGUCUUCAACUCUGUGCAAGUUACCAAUUUCUUGGCACUUAAAUGAAUAGCGAGAAGCUGAAAAGAACUGUGCGUGGCAAUGCUGAUCGUGCUAGGCAUCAUUGAGGCAUAUGUUGACUGGUAUGACGCUCAUUUGGAAUAAAGGUCAAUGCCUUGUUCUCAUAAAGGGACCAAGCUACAUUGCUGUUGGUUCAUUUAGUUGAAUUAAAAUGUUAUUCAGAGAUGUUUAAUGCAUAUUUAACUUAUUUAAUGUAUUUCAUCUCAUGUUUCCUUACUGUCACAAAAUUGACUAAUACUACAUGGUAUGAAAAGGCACCUGUUUAAAGCCAGUGACUAGAACUAAAAAUUUGCUGCUGUAGUGAUGUGAGAUUCUUCUGCCUCCUGGAGUUUUGGGCACUACACAAUUGUUGGGAGUUUUGAUCAUCUGAGCAUUGGAGAAACAGUGGUCAAGAAACUGUUUUUGUAUGUAAAUAAGUCUAUCUAGGGGAAAAAAUAUUAGUAGUAAACUAGUCCUAUGCCGUAAAAGACCAAUCCUGUUUGACUAUGUAGCAUCUUAAAAAAAAGAAAAAAAAAAAAAAAGAAAAGAAAAAUAAAGCCCCCAAAUUAAAGUUUCCUUUGUUACUUUUGUCAUGUUCUCACAGUUUCAGAGGGGGGAGGAAACAGUAUUCUCUGCCAGCUUAGUUUGUUUAUGGCAUGAGGAAACUUGCAGCCUUGUUUCAGGAUGAAUUUUUUUUUUCCCCCCAGCCUAAUUUUAAAAUCAGUUCAGACAACCCCGUCAUGAGCCUGAUACACGUGAGUGUUGUUCAGAGCAACCGUGCUGACUGCUGAGGUGCAAGGCAACUUCCCGUUUUUCAGUUAAGUUGGGUUCAGUAGUUAAGACGUUUGAUAGCACGUUGGAAGUAAGGUGAAGGUAAUUUUGUUUCUAAGCAUACUUCUAGUACAAAAUGGAUAAACUCAAUGUGUGUUAACACGUUGAACUUCAGUAGAUUAAAUAGCCUUUGAGCAGGUAAAUUCCCAUUUAUCCAUAGGUGGUAGGUCCAAAAACCAUCGGUGACAAAAGUUUUUGUAACACCUUUCAGGAGUAAGAUACGUCUUUUAAAAGAGACUUCUUUCAUUCCUUUAUUAUUCCUGUGACUUCUUGAGAAGGCUGUUUGGGCUGCAGCCUGCCUACUGCACUCGUUGACCUUUAGAUUUGUUCUACUUGCGUCUCAAGGGUUUCCUGUGAGGUUAGGAGGGGAAAAAAAAAAAAUCUUGACUGGUGUGUUCAGCUUAUGAACACAACUCUGGAAGUACUUCUAGAAGAUUCAACAGAAAUGAGGGGUGUAUCUUUAGCAUUUUAAAAUGCUGGUGCCUUGUCUGCUCAGGAUGGAAGUGACAGAGCUAUUGAAGUGUGGCUGCGAAGGGCAGAGAAAAGGGAGAUGAGCUGGAAAGAACGGAGCACUGAGUUCAGUGUGACAAAUUGGGCAGAACUGAUCAAGAAAAAGAUACUUCCCGGGCAGUAGAAGCUAAUGAAAACUUUAACAUGAAACCUUUUACAAGAACCUUUUCAGAAAGACAAGGUUGUAAGUGAUGUUGCAAAAUGAGUUUUCAUGGCUUUGAAGAAUGUAUUUGAGAAAACCUUUACUGAAGGGAGGCUGAGCUAUGCAGUAUUUUUUUAAGAGGCUGUAAAUAUCUUGAUCUCACUAAAAAUGCAUUAUCAGAAGAGCCGAAUUCCUCAUUUGCUUUUACAAAAAAUUUGACUUUUUUUUGAGAGCCCUUUGUUCUGCUGAAAAACAGCCUGAGAAUGUCACUUUUUUAAAAAUCGCUGUCUCUGUAGGGUAAAGGGGGAGGACUGAAGCUAUAAACUGGUUUCUUGUGAGUAUUUUGGUAAUAAUAUUCCAGGCAGAUUUUAUCCACGCUGUUAGCUACCACAGUUGACUUUGCUGGCACAGGCAGCUCCCAGAUGAAGGGGAAAACCGGCAGAAUGUCUGUCCUCCUUCCAGCGUUCCAUAGUCACUUCUUAGUGAUCUGUGACGACUUGGAACUUCAAAUCAUUUGUGAGCAGACGUGUUCCUGUUGCUUGCACUCCAGGGUUAUAAAGAGGUCCCAGAAAACACUCAUGCUUUUCUAGAUGCCUUACAAACGCGUGAUCAAGGAGACCAGCAAACAGAGGCCCUUGGUUAAGGAUCUGUUGGUAACGACUGUAGCCUGCAGUUGGGGCUGACCCACGCCAUCAGUCCUGAACAAGACUGUUAAAUUAACUGCUUAUAUUUUGGAACUUAACAAAAUUCUGAGGUCUUUCCUAACCAUUUCUGGCAACAGCCUGAACAGACAGUAACACUGAAUUGUCUGGGUAAUGCUUUGCUUUUGCUGAGCUUAAAAUGAAAUGUCUGACCAGUGGAAUCCUUAUUCCCUGUCUGUUUGACCGGACCCUUCUUUCAUACACAGUAGAAGGAAAACUACGGAUGUUUUUUCUUCCAAGCUUCCUAGAAGGCCAGUCUGUAGAUACAUUGCAAAAAUAUAUUAGAUGGAUGUUCUUAAGCCACCUGGCUCUUUUCUAAGUUGUUGCUUACAUGAUGACACCAGAGCAAAUGUUUUCAUAGAAACUGAAUUAUUCCGGAGGGCAUUGUAUAUCUUAGGAAGUUAUGCAUGAAGCGUAGAGUUUCUAAAUAAGAUUAUUGCCUGGUGUCCUCGCACAACACCAGGUAUUAGAAAACUGUAAUUGAUACAUGAUAGUAGAAAUCAAGUUAUUACCUAAUCUAAUUAUUGUCCUUACUGUUAUUUUAAGAUGCCCACUUGCAUAUACAUUUAUUGUUAAUUUUUUUAAGAGCCAGUAGAGGCUGCUUAGGUAGUCUUCAUUUUGUGGAGCUUUACACUCCUGUCUGCACUCUUUGGGCCAAUUUGGUAUAAAUAGAUAUCUAAAAUGUCUUGAAGCCUAGUACUGGGAAACGAAUGGGAAAAUGGUUUCUAUUUUCAUGUAGUUAUCCACAUCUUAAAGCAAAUAUUCCGUGCAUGAAUGAUCGUAACUAUUGCCCUGCGUUGGCAGUUGUCAGCUGUGAAUGCACAACUGGAACAAUCGCAUAUGCAAGCUAGGCGCCCAGUUUCAAGUUACUGUUGGUUGAAUAGCCUUAGGGAUUGAAGAGCGAGAUAAUGUGUGUGUGUCACGUUGAGGGGGAUUGAUGUACCAUCAUGUAAUUUUCUAAAAAUACAGGAUUGUAAUAGCUUGAUGGUGGUAUUCCAUGUUACUUUUGUGUCCUGAAGUGCUGUCAGUGGGAUAAAGUUGGAACCUCACUUUGCAAAUCGCUAUUUUCUUCUCACCAAUAAACUAUAAAGGGUUUCUAUUCGCUGCACACGUAAACUUGCAGUUCUUAUUAUAACCUUGAUUUAGCAGUCAGCAUAUUCACGUAGUGGUGUGCACACAAAAAUGGAUUGUGAAUGUCUUAAGAUACUGGAUGUUGUAGCUGCCUAAUGAAAGAAAACUGUCAUCCCUUUUCUUUAGAAAACGUGUAUGACCCUUUCGUCUCUCACUUGGAACACUUCCUUAAUCUCGGGCACAAGAGUGACUUAACUGAAGUAUUCUAAGUUUUUGAAACUCUACUUCUCUCGCUCAACAUGAUGUCCUGAAAUGCCAUAUCCUGAGUUCUGCUUCCUAUAUAAAGUACCUGAGAGAAAAAAAAAAAAAAACAAACCACAACCAAAAUCCCUCUCUCUGAAAUUAAAGAACAUGUGAAACAAGCACUCUGAACCUCAUGUUUGUUGUGGCUGUGGUGCAGCUGCAAUAGUACUUCACAGCAGCACUAGAGCAGCUUGGGGUCGGGGAGCCGCUUUUUCAUUGUUUGAAAAUGCGUUAGCAUCCAUUUCUCAAAUCCUCAAGUGAGCAAGCUGAGAAGGGACAGGUGGUGAGUGAAUUUCCGUGUGCAGAUCUGAGGGGGGUUUUGAGUCAGAAACACUGGUAUAAAAAGAAGAAAGUAAUUGUACAGCAGUGAGACUAAUUCAAUACCGUAUGUGAAAUUUACUAUUUAAAUAAUUUACUUUUUAGUAAAUAUUUGUAUAAACCAACGUUUAGGCGUUUUAGAAAGAAAAGCAAUUACUGAGCAAGGCUCGUGUAGUGAAACCUAGCAGUUCUCCGGGCACGCUUCAUGAAAAGAUGACAAUGGGAUACGGUGCUGGUAUAAAUCAUCUGUGGCAGUUAGAUAAAUAGUGGGAAUUAUUGUUCAAGCAAGGCAAUGCUGAUCCUUUGACCGUGUCCAAUUAAGAUUUCUUUAUAUUAUGCUGAGAGCUUCAUGUUAUACUGAAUCACUUUGGCUAAUGGGCGUCAGUGCAAAAGCGAUGUUACUCAUUGUGCUGUUAUUAACUGUUAUUUUGAUGAGCUUCAGAGGACAAAGUAAUUGUGUGCUUCCAGUACUCAAAUCUGCUUAACUAUAAAAUUUGUUUGUUUUAUUAA